AGCUUUAUUUAAACAAUCACAUACAUGUUCCUUUAACAAAGUAUUUAUUUGUUGGAUUCUAGCAAUUUUGGCCUUUGAUAGAAAGCUUAAUGUAAGGUAUUGUGAUUUAAAUCAUUUUAACAUGAAGUACAAUGAAGAGAAUUCAUAUAAUUUCUUCUGCUGUUUAAUUAGGAAUAUACUGAAAGAGCAUAUCUCACAUCAAUUUACAGAUAUGGUAUCCUCCACCCUUCCAGGGUUGUGGGUCUUUUGAAACAGUGAGCAUGAGGUGCUUUUCUGCAAAUUCUUUGUUUCUUGCCAGAACCACCUUUGUUUAGCAAACUCCACACAUUUCCAUUGGUGAUGGUAGGACAGAAUAGGCUCUUUUUUCUGGCAUUUCUCACAAACAAUUAGCUGGCAUGUGGAUAGUUGAAAGCUGUUUCAUGAAGACUCGGUGACAGGAAGACCUCUUUUUGUGGCUUUCUUUUAACAACAACCUUUUGUUUUAACCUCCCUUACCUUCCUAGUAAGUGUGCAAGGUGCCAAGAUAAACAUGAUUCCCCUUCUAGUCUAGUGCCCACUGCUUAGAAAAGACUGGCCUUUUUGAAUUUAUACCACAGAAAAACUGUCAUGAGUUACUAAUUAAACGUUCCCAGAUAUUGCCAUUAAUAUGAAAAAGUACAUUUGAAAAAUGAUUCAGCCCUAAAGGACUAAUGAUUGCACUAGGUUAGUUUUCAAAUAAACUUCAGGAGUGAGCUGUGUUUGAUAAUAUUUGAUUCCAGUCUUCUCUGGGAUGACUCAGAUAGUAUUGUGUCACAUUGCAUCUUCUAGUAGGUUUAUUUUUAGUUGACAACGUGAUCAUAUGAGUAAGUAAACACACUCAUAGAGACCCAAGGAAUUAUCUACACUCUGACAGCAGGUAAUGGUAGCAACAUCCAAAAUCUCUCUCGCAUUAGAACACAGUAAAAACACAUUGGUAUGAGGUAAAAUCUUUAUUCUCUAGGCUGGGAUAAAUCACUUUCUGGGUCCAAUUAAACCUUGGUUUCAUGACAGUUAAGUCUUCUUUAUUCUCCCUCUCUCCUUUAUUGGUUGUACGGUUCCCGUCGACUGGGCCUCCUGACCCGCCCCAGAGCUUUGACCCUUUUCUUUUUUUUACCCUUUUCCCCUCUAGCUGUCUUCUACUGUCAGGACUUGGCAAUGAUUUCCUUGUUUGAAAGCGAAUACGUACGUCUCUUGGACGGGGCCAAACACCAAAUUAGAGUGCCUAGUCUGUGUAUCACCUUAUGUGUGACACUUGGACACUUGUAGCAGUACUAGUUCAUUUCUCUUGCUAUUCUUCGCCUGGACGGUUGCAGCGUCAUGGUCAGUAUUGGGUCGCAGUUUUGCUUACUUUGGGAUUUUUUUGUUGUUGUUGUUCUUGAUUUCUGAUCUUGGUAUUGUAUUGUGUCCUUGUCCUUCACAUGAAAGCAUUUAGAAGUAAUAAACUAAAUAAAAAUUGUAAUCGCUGUCACUGAGGAGACCAUGUGAAAUUAGUGGCUGGUUAUGUAAAGUGCUCUCCAUCGUCUGAGUUUUACCAUGGUGUGAAUUUCUGGUUCUGAUUUGGACACAGAUUUCAUAUGAGACCUCUAAAGCUAAAAGACGCCUUUGCAUUAUGACCUCUGGUUUUAAUUCAAGAUUACAACUUAGCACUACUUUUAUUAAAAAAUAUCAGAAUGUGAAAAAAAAAAUUGUCAAGUAGUUUAAAUAGUGUAAACUUUGCCUGGAAAAGGAAUGUUUCAGAGCAAAUUUUAUCUGUCUUAUGGAUGUUCAGGAUUUUUCCUGCUUCUAUUCAGUGCUGUUGAUGGUGUUUUUCAGUCUCAUCACAAGUUCCACGCCCCACGCCACGGGCACAUGGGGUUCCUGCCCCGCAGGCGCAGCAAAAAGCACAGGGGUAGGGUACGCACGUGGCCCAGAGACAACCCCAGCCACCCCGUCCACCUCACUGCCUUCCUGGGAUAUAAGGCUGGCAUGACCCACACUCUGAGGGAGGUGCACCGCCCUGGCCUAAAGAUAUCAAAGCGAGAAGAAGUCGAGGCUGUCACCAUUAUUGAGACCCUUCCUGUAAUUGUGGUGGGAAUUGUGGGUUACAUUCAAACAGUCCGGGGCUUGCGUGCUCUGAAAACCAUCUUUGCUGAGCAUCUCAGUGACGAAUGCAGGCGUCGAUUUUAUAAAAACUGGGCGAAGAGCAAGAAGAAGGCUUUCACCAAGUACAGCAAGAAGUGGCAGGACGAGACCGGAAACAAACAGCUGGAUAAGGAUUUUAAUCUGAUGAAGAAGUACUGCUCAGUCAUCAGGGUUAUUGUUCACUCUCAGAUGAGACUGCUGCCUAUAAAGCAGAAGAAGGCUCACAUCAUGGAGGUGCAGCUGAAUGGGGGCACAGUCCCAGAUAAAGUGGACUGGGCCAAGGAGCACCUGGAGAAAGCUGUGACCAUUUCUGCUGUCUUUUACCAGGAUGAGAUGAUUGAUGUCAUUGGAGUCACCAAAGGUCACGGCUCCAAAGGAGUGACAAGUUGCUGGCACGCAAAGAAGCUCCCCAGAAAGACCCACAAGGGGCUGAGAAAGGUGGCCUGCAUUGGUGCCUGGCAUCCUGCACGCGUGUACUUCACUGUAGCUCGGGCCGGUCAGAAAGGCUAUCAGCACCGUACUGAGAACAACAAGAAAAUAUUCCGUAUUGGCAGAGGUGUUCACAUCCAGGAUGGAAAGGUGGUGCAAAAAAACGCCUCCACUAACUACGACCUCAGCCAGAAAACCAUCACUCCAAUGGUACUUUCUGAAUUCAAGUCACUGCUUAAGAUAAAACUCAUGUUUUUGUAGCACCCUCCCCCUUUAUUGGCACUCCUGGUAAAGAUGAGUAAAAUGCCUUAAAAUAAAUCCAGUUGUCAGUUCACUAGUAAAAUCUUACCUUACAUAGGAAGAUUUGCUGCAAUUCUGUGAUCGUGAGAUUUGAACUUUGCUGUUUCUGUUUGGAUUUUAUGUGAUAGGCCAAGACAAAGCAUGGGAUUAUUGUGAAGUGAAAGCAACAGUAUACAUGGUUUUAUUUAGAAAUAAAAAUCUGUAAAGUGUGGCAUGCCUUUGUGUGCCCUUUACUCUGAUUCACAUAAAUAAAAAAAACAACUGCUUUUAAAAGACAUCUAAUUAGUAAAACUAACACUGCACAUCAUCCUGAAAGGUGGCAGCAUUAUUUGGGCAAACUUUUCUUUAUUAGUAGAUGAAGGAACGAAAUACAGGAAAACCUGUUAGAGGUGGCAAAAGACUUGGUUCUGGGGUGACGGUUCACCCUCCAGCAGGGCAACAACCCUAAACAUGCAGCCAGAGCUACAAUGCUGUGGUUUACAUGAAAGCAUCUUCAUGUGUUAAAAUGGCCCAGUUAAACUGCAAAUGAGAAUCUCCAAUAACACCUAAAAGUUGCUGCUCACAACUCUCCUCCCAGUUUGGCUGCACUCGAGCCGUUUUGCAAACAAGAAUUGACAAACAACUUCAGCCUCUAAAGGCACAAAGCUGGUAGAGAUGUACCCUUAAAGACUUACAGCUGUAAUGGCAGUAAAAGGUGGUUUUGCAAAUAUUGACUUCGCUGCUGAAUACCAAAUGGAUACCACAUUUUCCAGUUUUCUUCUACUUUAUAAAUGUGCACUACUUUGUGUUAGUCUAUCACUUUAAAUCGCAAUAAAAUACACAACAAAAGAAUAAAAAUUUGUGGUUGUAACAUGACAAAAUGCGAAAAAACAACCUUGCAAAAACAUGGGUCCAUGUCUAGCCCUGUUUGUUUCAUAUGCGUACAUUUUUAAAUAUUGUUCUAACUCUAACAAAUGGGAUCAUGUUUUUGUGGCCAUUUUUUGACACAAAGAUUAAUACCUGCUUUACUGGAACUUAAACAGCAUGUUCUUUUGUCUUUUUAUUUUUUUAAAACGGCUAAGUAGACCUCUUUGGUCUGCCAUAUUUGUAACUCAGAGAAACAGGAAGCCAUGGAUUACUGAGUCAUGUUCCUUGGCACUAAUAAAAAUCUCUGAAAUUGUAAAGCAGAAAUUAAAAAAUGCCUCAGGCUCCUAUUUAUGUAA